GAGAUCUUGUGGAACUACUUUUCUUUCCCGUUUAGUUUGUUGUUGUUUGUUAGUUCUCUUUCACCUAUUUCCAUUUCUCGCAAUCAUGGGUGGAGUAGACGUUGAAGGUCUGUCCGCUGCUUACCAGGAUGUCAGAAAUGACGAUUCCCAAACCUCAUGGGCUGCGUUCGAGUAUAACAGCAGCAAUACCAUUGUUGUAAAAGAGACUGGAACGAAUUAUGAUGAUCUUCUUAAAUUCUGCGAUGAGUCAGUUCGUCUUUACAUCUUCGCUCGCGUUCAGACUGGUGAUGACUUGAGCGUCCGCUCCAAGUUCGUCUUCAUUUGCUGGAUCGGUGAGCGUGUCAGCCCCCUGAAGAAGGCCAAAAUGAGCACCGACAAGGCUGAGGUCAAGAAAGUCAUCCAGAACUUCGCCAAGGAGAUGCUUGCCUCCGAGAAGAGCGAGAUUAACUAUUCCUUCGUACAGUCCGAGGUCCGCAAGGCCGGUGGUGCCAACUAUGGCUCAGCACGCUAAACCAUCCGCCGCUCGGCACCAAUUGUUGUACAUGUGUGUAGUAGAUCUAUGCGCAUGAGAGCCACCACCAUUCCCACCAUCUUGGCCAGUCUAAUAAUUACUAAUAUGAUUAUUGUCGCCUGGUUUUGGCCGCGACCGUCAUUAUCUUUCCUCUAGGCAACCUCAUUGCGCAUUUAUGAUAUCUAUUCACAUUUUCUUUCUAGGUACAAGAUUAGCAGCCUUGCUUAUCUGACACUAAAGAACUUAGUUGUUUUUCCUACUUUCCAAAUGAAAAUAGGUGGUGAUUGUUUCGACCAAUGUCUUACGAUGUCGUGAUUUAACGAUCUGUUGUUGUCGGCCAAUUUUCAUUGUUCGACAUUGAAAUCUUUUAGCUGAGACUGA